CCUCCUGAGAGCCUUCAUCCAGGCACCGGCCAGCAUGUCUGGGGGCAAAUACGUAGACUCUGAGGGACAUCUCUAUACCCUUCCUAUCCGGGAACACGGUAACAUCUACAAGCCCAACAACAAGGCCAUGGCAGAAGAGAUGAACGAGAAACAACUGUAUGACGCGCACACCAAGGAGAUCGACCUGGUCAACCGCGAUCCCAAGCAUCUCAACGACGACGUGGUCAAGAUUGAUUUUGAAGAUGUGAUCGCAGAACCAGAAGGGACUCACAGUUUCGACGGCAUCUGGAAGGCCAGCUUCACCACCUUCACUGUGACAAAAUACUGGUUUUACCGUUUGCUGUCUGCUCUCUUCGGCAUCCCAAUGGCACUCAUCUGGGGCAUUUACUUUGCCAUUCUCUCUUUCCUACACAUCUGGGCAGUGGUACCUUGCAUUAAGAGUUUCCUGAUUGAGAUCCAGUGCAUCAGCCGUGUCUACUCCAUCUACAUCCACACCUUCUGUGAUCCGCUCUUUGAGGCUGCUGGCAAAAUAUUCAGCAAUAUCCGCAUCAGCAUGCAGAAAGAAAUAUAAGUGACAUUUCAAGGAGAGAAGUGUACCUACUCUUUUUUGUUUUUUUGUUUUUCUUUUAAUUUUCUUGGUGCCGGUUUCAAGUUGCUAGUGCCGCAACAAUGUAUGAAUGAACAUCUUGGUUCAGAACAAAGAAAUCACCUCCUCCAUUUUCAUAACUCUUAUUUGUCUCUUCUGAGAUAUUACAUCUGUAUUUUUGACUAUCUAAAGUUUUUAAACCCAUUUACCUUUUUUUCUUGCCAUUGCAUUUGCAUAUGGAUUAUUGUUUUGGCUGAUGACAUAUUGUUGAAUGGUAUGUUGAGAGAAACACAAAGAACUGAGGAG